AGAUAAAAACGAUGAUACACUGAAAGUCACCAAACUGACAGCACUCUGACACAAACCAGCACUCUGACACAAACCAGCACCCUGAGACAAACUUCAGCAGCCUUGUUACAGUAUGAACACCAUUACAACCCUAAAGAUGGCCCUUGUGUUGCUCAUGCUGUGUUCGGGAUUGAUUGACGUAACAUUUGCAACUCAGCGUCUCCGAUUCUUUGGUGAACUUCAAAACAAGACCACAUGGGAAGAAGCGUCUGCAUGUAAAGACAGAAACGCAUCACUUGUAACUCUGUAUGAUGAAGAGGACGCCAAAUUCAUGUACAAAUUCACAGAAAAUGCUGAAACCCAGGGUGACACAAGAACAGUGUGGCUUGGCUUGCGUUAUGUUGGAAAUUACACUUGGUCAAACGGUGAAGCUGUCACAUUCACAGAAAUAUCAGAAGAGUUAAAUGAAGAGGAACAACAGUGUGUAGCCAUUCAUGACGACAAAUGGAAAAGUUUUAACUGCUCAGAAAAUAAACACUUCAUGUGCUCCAAGGGUAAUAAUUACACACUUGUUAAUUCAGCUAAAACGUGGUGUCAGGCUCUUCAACAUUGCAGAGACCACCACACUGAAUUGGUCAGCAUCAAUAGCACGGCACAGAACGAGGAAGUAAUCAAUGAGGGGAACGGUGAAAGCUUUUGGAUUGGACUCCGGCAUGAUGAAUGGAAGUGGGACGACGAUGGCUGCUCUUCAUUCAGGGAAUGGAAGCCGAAUGCGGGAAAUAUUAUAAAGGGGAAUUGCACACAGAUAGGUUUGAAUUCAGCAUCACAAAGCGUACAGCUGUAUCGUCAAACAUGUUCCACUCCCCGAGAGUACCUCUGCGCUAAAGGUCAUGUAAGAAUCAAAGUCAUUGAACAGAAACUUACAUGGGAAGAAGCCUACAAAUACUGUAAGGUAAACUACUCCCGCCUGCUGUGGAUCGAAGACGGGAACGAUCAGGAGGCUGUUGAACAAUGGCUCAAUCACACCAAUGUAGAUGGUCCAUUCUGGAUUUGUCUGAGACAAAGCCGUGUCUUUGGAUUCUGGAUUUGGAGUGAUUCACUAGUGGGGUAUUCCAAGUGGAAGGGUGAUGAGCCUCAGCCACCCCUGUCUCAGCAAUGUGGUGUCAUCGACAAAGAGGACAAAAUGUGGCGAGAUGAAAACUGCCAGCAUAAGCUACCUUUUCUGUGUGAGGAGGACAUUAUAUACAUGAGUGACAUGGACUCCAAUGGUACUUAAUGGAUACAUUGAUUUAGUUGAUUAGGUUACCACACAUUGAUCUGACUUCUUGAAAAGUUUCCAUUUUGGGAUCGACAUAUUUUGAUUAUUAGAUGAUGUAUGUCCUCUAAGUUAGAUUUUUCAUUGUCUUUGUUGUUGUAGUUGUUUUCUUGUUCCUCUUUGCUGUGAUGGUUUUAUUAUGAUACACUUUUAUCUUAUAGAAACUUCAUUUGCUGGUUUAAUUGUAAUGACUUUAGAUUAGUGGCACAAUGUGAUAGACAUGAGUAGAAAACAAUGUGUCAUAAUAUUCAAUUUUUGACAUUAAGGUUUGUAAUGUGUAACUAUUUCCUCGGUUGAUUUUUGGAAGUUACUCACUCUGUUCAAGUGUGAGGGAGUGUUUCAAACUCAAAUAUUUUGUGUACCAAUGAGAAUUUGCUGUGUAAGUCUUCUGGUUUAAAAUAAAGUAUGAUUCCAUGUAGGGUGGUAAAAUGAAAAUGUGCCCUAACCUUUCUUUAUACAUCCAUACAUUCUUAACAAUAAACUGUUUAAGCUG